AUGAUUACGCUCGCCCCCUCUCGUCUCCUCUCGAAACCCAUCCUCGCUAUCGCCUGUCUCGGGCUCACUUUCCUGCUUUUGUCGCUGACGCUGGUGAGCCAUGAAGACGGGAGAGAGUAUGUGCUGGGUGUGGUGCAGAAGGUUGGAAAGGGGCUGAGUGUCAAGGGGAAUGAUGGGGCUGUGAUUGGGGGUGAGCAUCAGAUGGAGGAUGCUAUGAGGGAAUGGGAGCUGAGACGGGCGUUGCAGCAUGAAGGCACUGGGUCCAGAAUACAGGCCUUCCUGGAUAAGGCUAGAGCAGGACAAGGCUUUACGGUUGCAGCUGUUGGAGGAAGCGUCUCAAAAGGUCGAGGGCUUACACCUCCCCGAGCUUCCAAAAGACCCUCUUCUCGCGCCAACUCUCCCAGAUCACUAGAAGACGCGUCUUCAGACGACAAGCUGGAAGACAACAUUGACAUUACCGACGCCCCGCCUGCUUCAGACGAUGCCAUACCAGCUGAAGCAGAGUCUGACCCAGACAGCAGUGAAGAGAGUAAAGAGGGAUCGCAUCCUAUAUCUCCAUUGGCACAUCUGGGAGCUUCGACGUUGUAUUCUCCAGAGAAUCUGCAUGUGCAGAUAUUCGAGUGGUUGGAUAGGGCUUUUCCGAGUAAGAAUCCGGAGCGGAAGAAUCGGUUUGUGAAUGGUGCGCAGGGUGGAGUAGGGGCUGCUUAUUUUGGGUGGUGCUUUAAGGAACAUAUCCCUGAAGAGGUAGACCUGGUGCUGCUCGAGUUGGGGAUCAAUGACCUGUUGGAAUUUGACGUUGCCAGUCAGUAUGAGCAUCUUGUCCGAGGUAUCCUGGAACAGGACAGCAAGCCUGCCGUCAUCAACAUUGAGACAUUUACAACACUCUUCCCUUCCCUCAUUUCCUCCUCUACUUUCCACCACGACGUCCUCUCCUUCUACGAUGUCCCUUCCCUCUCCAUCCGCGACGUCAUCAUCCCCCGUCUCGUGGCCGAACCAGAUCACCAGAUGAGCAGGUGGUUCAGGACAGGGGACGAUGUGGCGUUGGGUGAUGCAAAGGUGCGCGAGUGGGGUGGAGUGCCGGUUGACGUGAUGCAUAUCUCGGCGAUAGGACAUUCACUUGCUGCUGGGCUGGUCAUCCGGUAUCUGCAAGACCAGAUUGACAAGUCGGCACCUCUGGGGUUUAGUGCUCUCGGCCGGUUCGCAGAGACAAUCUCGCGCAAACCCAUUUUACGAGUCAUUGACGUCCCACCCACUACUUUGACGGGGCAGUUCAACCCGUUCACAGCUGAUCUCCGACAUGCACCCGUAUGCCGGUCACAAAACUCUGGUAAAAUGCACGGAAAAGUUUCGAGCCUGGAAGACGACUUUGGGGAUGGUAGUGCGAAAGGCCUCGUCCUCGCUGAUGGCUCGCAUGGAUGGUCGGAAUGGUCUUGGAAAGAAAAGCGUUACCUCAUAGCCCGCACCCCCGGAUCCCUCGCCAAAUUUGAAUUCACAAUCUCGCCUCCCCAAAGCGUGCCCCACACCGAAGAUCCGAGUGCGGCGCUGUUGUUGGCGGAGGAAGAGUUUUAUGAACAUGAGCCUGGGGAGGGGGAGGGGGAAGAGGGGGAGGAUGAAGUUGGAGAGCCGGGGGGGCCUUACAACCCUGACGCAGCGCACCACUCUCGUCGUUCCCGCACCCGCUCCUCCUUCUCCCCUCACCACGCUCGCCACUCUCCCAUACCUCACGGCAAACGCCACCUCUCCUCCCCGAACGCGCGCCAAAACCCGCAAGCAGGCGGCUCCAUCCUCAUCGGCUAUCAACGCAGUGCCAAGCUCGGACUGGGGAGUGUUUAUUGCUGGGUGGAUGGGGAUAGAGAGAGUGGGAAGAGGGUUGAUGGGUGGUGGAAGUUGGAUAAACGGAAUAUGGGAAUGGUGAGCGAAAUCCGAUCGGGGCUUGAGCCAGGUAGACAUACGCUCUCUUGUGAGGUAUUGGAAGAGACGUUGGAUCCUGCGGGAGGAACAGAGUUUAGGCUGUUUGCCGUCAUGCACGAUUGA